AAGUACACCUCUAUUUCUUCAAAGCUUCCAAUCUCAUUCAAAACACAAAAGAAACAUCUAUCCAUGGAUUAAAUAAAAGUAAAAGAUUUUGACAUAUCAUUUUAGAAGUCUCUAGGACUUCAACUCCCCUCUCUUUAUAAUCCCUUUUCUUUGUUUAGAAUUCACUCACCUAUCAAGGUACGUUGUUUUCAAUUCUUUCUCUAUAUUCCUUUUCUCUCUCAAAAGUAAAAAACAAAAAAUACACCAACACUAAACCUAACAUUUUCUCAAACACAAAACACCUACAAAACAUAAACAAACACAAAUGGGCACUUUAGUGGGACAUGUUGCACCAGGUUUCGGUUUUCUUGUCAUUGGUUUAUGGCACCUUUUUAACCAUGUCAAACUUCAUGUUCAGAACCCCAAAACCUACCAUUCUUUGCCAUGGUUUCCCUCUACCAAAAUAAGGUAUUUGGAACUUUUCUUGAUUAUGAUAAGUUGCUCCAUUUCAAUAGCAAUGGAGUUAUUUAUCGGGCCAGAUCGUCACCAACCGUUAGACACGGAUGGCACCAUUCCUUCCAACCAUCUUCACAACUUUGAGCACUCAUUCAUUUCUAUGACGUUUUUAGUUUACGCCGUUUUUGCAAUCAUACUCGACAAAUAUGUGCCAAAAGUUCAAUAUGAGUUGACUCAAUUGCUUGCAAGUAUUGCUUUUGCGCAACAACUCCUCCUUUUUCACCUCCAUUCGGCUGAUCAUAUGGGCGUUGAAGGACAAUAUCAUAUGCUUCUACAAAUACUCAUUCUUAUCUCCCUUAUAACCACCAUUAUGGGGAUUAACUACCAAAAAAGCUUUAUAGUUAGCUUCAUAAGGUCCAUUAGCAUUUUCUUUCAAGGUCUUUGGCUCAUGGUCAUGGGCUUCAUGCUUUGGACAAAAAGCUUGAUUCCUAAAGGUUGUUUCUUGAACUUGGAAGAAGGCCACCAUGUGGUCCGAUGUCAUGAGAACGAAGCCUUGGAACGUGCCAAGUCGUUAGUAAAUAUUCAGUUUAGUUGGUAUCUGAUAUGUGUCACAAUAUUUGCUAUGACACUUUAUCUUGCUAUGCAUAAAUUCUAUGAAGGAAGAGUUGAAUACGAAAUGCUAAGAAGCUACGAUCAAAAUCAAGAAAAAACGGUUCAAGAUAUCGAGGCUCAAACCAAAGAAGUCAAAUUUGACCAAUCUAAGAGCAUUCUUCAUAUAGAGAAAUCUUUUGGUCCAGUCGACAUGGAAAGGUAGAUUGAGACAAAAAAAAAAAAAUGGGGGGGCAUCCAAUUAAAUUAAAAGUAUAUAUUUAGUGAAUUUUAGGAUAUAUUAGAGUGUGUAUUAUAUAUAAGCUUCAUUUAAGAAAAAAAGAAAAAGAAAAGUAUAAGUCUUAAGGCAAAGACGAUAUAUUGCUAGGAAAAGGAUGUGAUGAUGUGGUUUAAUUGGAUUGUUCAGAGUUGGUUCUUUUUAUUAUUUUUCUAUUUGUUUUAGUUGAAGUUGAAGAAAGAAAUGGUUUAUCUGUAAUAACCAAUUUGUAAAAAGAAUACGAUUAAUGUUGUGGAUAU